AUGAGCUCGACCGGUGCGCCUCGACCUCGGCCGCGGCCGGCGCACACGCAAGGAACGACGCGCUGCGCCUACACGUCGGACGGUACUCGCCUCGUCACCAUCGGCUCGAACAACACGAUUCGCCUGUACAGGACGGGCUACGAUGGCGAGCCGACCAACAUUGACGAUUGCCAAGAGCAAAACGUCGCCAUCGCCUCGGGCGAUGAGUUCUUCGUCGUCGGUUCCGAGGACGGCACCGUCAGCCUCUACUCCUUCGCCACGGCCAACUUUGACCGCUUCCUGCUGCGGGCAUCGGUCCCCAUCCGAGACGUUGCCCUCUCCGCCGACGGCAAAUGGUGUGCCGUCGCCAGCGAUGAGCUGUCGGUCAAGAUUGUCAACACGACGGACAUAACCCGGAUCAGGCACCUGCGGGAGCACAACCGAGCGGCGAGGCACGUCAGCUUCGACCCCAAGGGGACGACGGCGGCCGUCUCGUGCACGGACGGCAUCGUCUACGUGUACUCGCUGAGCGCCGAGGAGCCCGAGAUGAUCCGCAGGAUCGACGGCAUCAUCGGCGCCGUCGAGGGCGAGUCGGAGGUGACGACAAAGGCCGUCUGGCACCCGGACGGCAGGGCCUUUGCCGUGGCGACGCCGACCAAGGACAUUCAAGUCGUGUCCAAGAACGACUGGGAGAAGCAGCGACGGUUCGCCGACGGACACUUGGCCGACAUCACCGCCAUGGCCUGGUCGCCCAACGGUGCCCUGCUCGCCUCGGCUUCCAAGGACGGCAAGGUUCUCGUGUGGGAGACCAAGACGCAGAGCGUCGUGCAAAAGUUGGACCACGCCAACGUCCUCGACCUCGCCUGGCACCCGACCGGCAACAUGCUCUCCUUUACGACGUCGGAUGGCGAGGUGUACAUUUACCCCGACUUUUUGUCGGACCAGUUUUCGCCCAUGCUCAAGAUGGCGAGGCAGCCGGCGCCGUUUAUCCACGAUCCGCUGUCGGACAUUUCGGGCAACCGCGGGCAGGGCGUCAAGGAGACGGAGGUGCCCUCUCGUCGGCGACGGGAAUCCCUCGGGAGCCUGGGUUCGUUCCUCGAAGGCGGAGGGUACGGCGACGAGGACGACUUUGUCGUCGACGACGACGGCGCCGGCUACGUCAACGGGGCCAAGCGAGGCCGCGACGACGACGACGACGGCUUGUUCGGGGAGCACGCGAGCAAGCGGAUGCACCUCGCCAAGGCGCAGCUGCACGAGCCCUUCCAGCCCGGGUCGACGCCGUGGCGAGGCAACAGAAAGUAUCUCUGCCUCAACCUCAUCGGGCUCGUCUGGACCGUCGACCAGGACGCGCACCACACCGUCACCGUCGAGUUUUACGACCACGGCUUCCAGCGAGACUUUCACUUCACCGACACCUUCCUCUACGACAAGGCCUGCCUCAACGAACGGGGCACGCUGUUCUCGUCGCCGCCCCGGGACGGCGGCGCGGCGUGCCUGUUCUACCGACCGCACGAGUGCUGGACGCAGCGAGCCGACUGGCGGAUACGGCUCCCCGGGGGCGAGGCGGUGACGGCCAUGUCGCUGAGCGAGUCGUUUGUGACGGUGACGACGAGCGCCAACUACGUGCGCGUCUACAGCCUCUUUGGCGUGCCGUGCCGCGUGUACCGUCCCAAGAGCACGCCGACGGUGACGUGCGCGAGCUGGAGGGACUACGUGCUGACCAUGGGCAACGGUCCGGUCGACGGCCACGGACGGGCACGCCUGCUGUACACGAUCGAGAACGUCAAGCGGGACGAGAUUUGCCAAAACGAAGACACGGUCGCGCUGCCCGAAGGCGCUUCGCUGAAGGGUGUCUUUUGGUCCGACGUUGGGGAUCCGUGCAUAUACGACUCGACGGGCACGCUGCUCACCCUUGUCCAUUGGCGUCGGCCGUCAGGCGCGUCGUGGGUGCCGCUGCUGGACACGAAGCUCCUGGCCCGGCUCGCGUCGGGGCGAAAGAGCGAAUCGUACUUUCCCAUCGCCGUGGCCGGUGGCAAGUUUCACUGCAUCAUCCUCAAAGGCGGCGACCAGUACCCCUAUUUUCCUCGUCCGCUGCUGUCCGAGUUUGACCUUGCCGUCCCGCUGACCGCGCCGCCCAAGGAAAGGAAGGGCAAGGGCAAGGGCAAGGGCAGCAACGGCGAGGCCGACGACGAUGCCAUGUCCGGCGACGACGACGACGACGACGACGACGACGACGACGACGACGAUGGGGAUGCGGAGACGGCGAAGCUCGAGCAGGAGUUUGUUUUGAAGGGGGUGCAGACGGCACAGCUGCGCGACCUCGUCGACGCCACGUCGGGCAACCACAGUCAGCGCUCGCUCCUCUCGCGGCUCGAGCUCGAGAUGGACAAGACGCUGCUGCAGAUGCUCGCCGUCGAGUGCCGUCAGGGCGACGACCGAGGCAUGCGGGCCCUCGAGGUCGUCGAGCUGAUGCGCGACCGCACAGGCCGCAUGAUGGAGGCGGCGGGCAAGGUGGCCGAGAGGUACGGCCGCACCGUGCUGGGAGAGAAGAUUCGCGAGGUUGGCGAGAGGCGGGUGAGCGGGAUGGAGGGCGACGAGGGCGAUGAUGGAUUUUAG